AUGCAGAUCAUGCAUUAUGGAAUUGAAGACGGCAAACACAAUUUUGAUUAUUAUGGUAACAAAUCCGUAAUCAUUUCCAGCGAGCCGUUGAUGGCAACUCUGGUUUUUUAUCUCUCAAAUGUCACCCGAGGUGGUGAGAUACGCUUCCCUAAGUCAGAGGUUGAAAGCAAGAUUUGGUCUGAUUGUACAAAGACAAGCCAUGCCCUUAGACCAGUUAAAGGGAAUGCAAUUCUGUUUUUCACAGUGCAUCCUAAUACAUCUCCAGACACGGGCAGCUCUCAUUCCAGAUGCCCUGUCCUUGAGGGUGAAAUGUGGUACGCAACGAAAACGUUUCAUUCAAGAGCCGUUAAGGUGUUGUCUGAUGCAGACAGAAGUGAAUGCACCGAUGAAGAUGAAAAUUGUCCGAGCUGGGCUGCUCUCGGAGAAUGCGAGAAGAACCCUGUAUUUAUGAUGAGUUCCGUACCGACGCCGGAAAAUAAUCCGGACCGAACGAGACCGAGGAUCAGAGGACCGAACCUCAACGGGAAGGUUCGGGUUAUUGCCAAAAUAAGAGGCUCCCCAGAUCUUGACGGAGUUUCAAAAUCCUGGAUUUCCGUUACCAAACGUGACGGACAUGCUUCUCACUCUCUCACUUUUGGAGACCAAGGAGUUGCAGCCAGUAGGAAGGAGGCAUAUGAGGUGGAUUUUUGCUACGACCAAACUGAGAAAAAUGAUUUGGUUUUUGAAAGAGAAGUUAAGCCUUUCAUUAAUGAAGUUUUUGAUGGGCGUAAUGCGACCAUUAUUGCUUGUGGAGCAAGAGGGAGUGGAAAAUCCUACCUUAUUCAGGGUACGGAAGAUGAACUAGGUUUCGCAGCGUUGGCUGUGGCUGAAAUGGUUCAAUUGGCUGCGGAUAGUGGGAAGUCGAUUGCAGUGUCAUUUUAUGAGGUUGAUCAUGAUCAUGUGAAAGACUUGUUGGAUCCAAAUCGACAACAAGUUAUUGUAUUGAAGGAUGCUCAAGGAAAAACCCGAUUGAAAGGACUUUCUCAGGUUCCAGUGACAUCCGUUUCCGAAUUUCAGAAGUUACAUGGUGGUGAGUCUAAUUCGCGUAAAUUGAUUCAGAAAGCAGUGACUGAACUUCCAAAGAGAAGCCAUAAAGGGCUGAUAGUAUAUGUAUCCUCUCAUGGUGGUGAAAAGUUGGAUAAUGUUCCUGUCAGCAAGUUGAAUUUUGUUGACUUGGCAGGUUAUGAGGAUGCUAGAAGGAAGGGUAUUGAUGGAAAUAACUUGGUUGAGAGCACAAGGAAUAUUAAUAAGUCCAUUCAUGCCAUUCAUAAUGUUGUUUAUUCUCUGAAAGCAAAUGAAACUCAUGUGCCAUACCGAGAAAGUAAGAUCACUAACAUGCUGCAAGAUUCACUGGGAGGGGCUUGCAGAAUUUUGAUGAACCCGUCUUUUUGCCAAGACUCUAUUUACAUGGUGAAAUUAGCAUCUCGUUCUUGUCAAGGAACUACUCGGACUAUCAUGGACUUCACGAAACAAACUACUCGGACUAUCAUGGACUCCACGAAACAAACCAAUGGCUCAGCAAGACCAAUGCUGGUUUCUUCACAUAAGAGCCGGAUGCUUGGUAGUAUUUCCUCUUCCGUGAAGAAACAAACUGUGUCUGGAAUGCACAUUUCUGGAAAAAAAGCAAACUCUACAACUUCCGCACUGAAAGCUAGGAAACUGUUUGAUGAACCAAGUGAUUUGAAAUCUCAGAAGCCAAGUUCCUCAGACAAUGUUUCAACAGUUGAAUCUUCUAUGCAGGAAGAGGACCAGCUCACUUCAGAUGUUGCUGAAGAAACAACAUCUUUGGAAGUUGAAGGUGUAUUAUCAUUACCUCAAGAUGAUGCAAAUUCUGUUUCAGUGAAAAAUGCACAUCUAAAAGUUUCAAUUCCUUCUCAGGAAGUUCCCACUGUAACAGCAGUUUCUAGUACUUGUGAAACCACAAUGCUUGAUAAGAAAAAUGCAAAUCUAUUUCCAAUUCCUUCUCAGGAAGCUUCCCCUGCAGCAGCAGUUUCUAGUACUUGUGAAACAAGAAUGCUUGAUAAGAAAAAUGCAAAUCUAUUUCCAAUUCCUUCUCAGGAAGCUUCCCCUGCAGCAGCAGUUUCUAGUACUUGUGAAACAAGAAUGCUUGAUAAGAAAAAUGCAAAUCUAAUUCCAAUUCCUUCUCAGGAAGCUUCCCCAGUUGCUAUUUCCAGUACUUGUGAAAUUACAAUACUUGAUAAGACUGAGGAUGAUCACAACAAAAUUGCACCCUACACGGGAGAGUUAGCUGCGUUUGAUGAAGGUAAAAAGACAGACAAGGAAAACAACAGUUCAAUCGUGAAUCAAGGUGGAUCUCCACCAAUUAGCGCACAAUUGCAAGAACUAUCAAAAAGUUUGAAGUUGCUGUGUUCCUCAACCCCAUCGUGCAUAGAGGUGACACCAAAGAAUGAUGCAUUUCAUGUUCAAACUUCAACUGAUAUUGUGGAACCCACAACUCCCAACACAAGUAUGAGAGUAACUAAUAAGGACAUUAAAAGCUUUUGUAGUCCUUGGGAAACAUUCAACACCCGCAGCACUGGGAUGAAGAAUUCACUUGUUCAAGAUUAUCUUAAGGUGUUGAACACAGCUGACAAAGAAGAAUUGAAGAAAUUGAAGGGGAUUGGAGAAAAGAGAGCUACCUAUAUCCUUGAAAUUCGACAAGAUUCUCCUGAGCCUUUCAAAAAUCUUGAUGACUUGAAAGACAUCGGACUCUCAGCCAAGCAGGUAAAAACAUGGCUUAAAAAGGAAGUUGGAGGACUCUUUGAUUAG